AUGUCAGCUCCAGGCGCCAACACCAGCCAUCUCGUGCUCAUUGGAGGUGAAGGUCGCACCUACGUUCUGCACACGGAGCCGGGAUCUACGACGGUGGUGACCAUCCGUCACACAAGAGCCGCUGCGCUGGUGAUGGUGAAGAAUGCCGGGAGACUUGGUGAAGGCGAGGAUCGGGAGAAGGAUGGAUGGGAGAUGCAGCCCUCAGCAUCUUCGACGACGAGUUGUGGAUAG